AUGCCCAAGCGCAAAGCACUGGAAGCUGAUGCCGUGUCCAUCACUGUGCGUUGGGCCUUGAGUGGAGAAAUCCUGUCUGCUGUGUCUAUCUCACACGAGGCUUCAGUGGAAGAUUUGCUGUCUGCUCUUCCGCUGGGGGCCCACGAGCUACAGCACUUGCAGGUUCUCUUUAAAGAGAAGACUUUGUCACCACAGAUUCGCCUUGGUACAGUCGAAGGCCUUCUGGAGUAUGCUGAAGUGGCAGUGGUGAAACGUCCACCGUUGCUGGCAAUACUUGGUUGUGAUGGGGCUUUAGCCCUUUGGAAGCCUGAGAUGGGAGACAGCACGAAGCUGACAGGGGGCGCUACAACCGCUGUGGAACCGCAGGGGGCGCUGUCUUUAAGCCCCUCUUCAGAUGGCUCGCAGCUGCUGGUGGGCUAUCCACAGGGAGUGGCCAGACUGCUGUCCGUGGAGCAAGCUGGACAUCCAGCGGAUUCCCACAGGUGUAGUGCCGUCUUUACAGCUCGUUGUGGUGCAGUGUUGUCCGUCUCAAUUUCUCCUUGUGGGAACUAUUGUAUCACGGGCUAUGCCAACUGCACCGCUCGUGUAUGGAGUGUAGAACGGGGGUCAUGUGUGAAGGCUCUUUGUCGUCACAGUGGUUCAGUUCUGGCCGUCUCCUUAUCCAGUGAUGCAGAAACAGCAGUUACAGGAAGCUCAGAUGAGCUUGCGAAGAUAUGGUCUGUCAGAACCGGCAGUUGCUCUCAAGUUCUUCGAGGACAUAUGGGCAUUGUCACAUCUGUCUCUUUUGCAGCUGAAGAUCAGCGCGUGGUGACAGGAUCUUUUGAUGGCUCUGUCAAAGUAUGGCAUUGUGCCUCUGGAGUUUGUGAGAUGACACUGUCGACACUCUCAGGUUCGGCACCAAUCCUCAGUCUCGCCGUUUGUCCGGUUGAAGACCUGGUCUUGACCGGCUCCCUUGAUGGUCGCUGCCGGCUAUGGGAACUUUCCACCGGGUCCAUGUCCCAAGUCUUUGAAGCAGGGGAAGCUGUGCGCUCUGUUGCCAUCUCCCGGGAUGGUUGCCACAUCUUAUGUGGUGAUGCCGAUGGUUCUUGCAGAUUCUGGAACCUGAAAACUCGCAAGUCCAAGCAAGUCUAUCUCCAAAGAGGCGAACCAAUCUUAAGUGUGAUGCUUCAUAGUCUCGACUAG